ACUUCGAUUCGCUCCACGCGCGCGACGAUCGACGAGCUCUGCUCUGCAAAGGCGGCGGCAAUGGCGGUGGCGGCGGAGGGUGAGGAGAUGACACCGGAGCACGAGGAAGAGGUGAUCAUCGUGGGCGCCGGGCAGUCCGGGCUGGCCGCGGCGGCGUGCCUGUCGGUGCGCGGCGUGGCGAGCUGCCUCGUCCUGGAGCGCGACGACUGCGUGGCGUCGCUGUGGCGCCACCGCGCCUACGACCGCCUCCGCCUCCACCUCCCCAAGCGCCACUGCGCGCUGCCGCGCGCGCCGCACGCCGCCGCCGCGCCCGACUACCUCCCCCGCGACGACUUCGCCGCCUACCUCGACGCCUACGCCUCCCGCUUCGGCGUCCGCACCCGCCUCCGCCGCGAGGUCCGCUCGGCGCGCCACGACGCCGCCCGCGCCAGGUGGCUCGUCGAAGCCGUCGACCUCGCCACGGGGAAGGCGGAGCGGUACGCGGCGAGGCACCUCGUCGCCGCCGCGGGCGAGAACGACGAGAGGGUGGUGCCCGAGGUGCCCGGCAUGGACACGUUCCCCGGCAAGGUCGUCCACUCCGCCGACUACCGCUCGGCCGGCGCGUUCAAGGGGAGGUCCGUGCUCGUCGUCGGCUGCGGCAACUCCGGCUUUGAGAUCGCCUACGACCUCGCCGCCGGCGGCGCCGCCGCCGUCUCCAUCGCCGUGCGCGGCGAGGUGCACCUGGUGAGCCGGGAGGUCUGGAGCGUGGGGAUGGCGCUGCAGAGGUACCUGCCGACGUGGGCGGUGGACAAGGUUGUGCUGCUCAUGUGCGCCGUCGUGUUCGGCGGCGACACCGCGCGGUACGGGCUCCGGCGGCCGGCCGUCGGGCCGUUCUCCAUGAAGAUGACCACGCCGGCGUACCCGGUGUUCGACGUCGGCACCUUCGCCAAGAUCAGGUCCGGGGAGAUCCGCGUCGUGCCGGCCGGCAUCAAGAGCGUCCGCGGCGGCGACGUCGAGUUCGCCGACGGCCGGCGCCACGCCUUCGACGCCAUCGUCUUCGCCACCGGUUACCGGAGCACCACCAAGCAGUGGCUCAAGAGCGAUGACGGGCUGAUCGGCGACGACGGGAUGGCGGGGCGGAGCUACCCGGAUCACUGGAAGGGGGAGAACGGGCUGUACUGCGCCGGGAUGGUGAGGAGGGGAAUCUACGGCAGCGGCGAGGACGCGGAGCUCAUCGCCGACGACAUCAGCAAGCAGAUGAAGCGCUGGAGCAGCGAGCCCGUCUACAAUGGCCACAUCAGCAACGGAUCCCCCUAAAGGCUAGAUAUAGGCCCUGUUCACUUUGACGUCAAAAAAAACCUUUUUUUUUUACGAUUUCUCAUAUACUCCAGUUAUUAAAAUUUGGCAGCAAAUUAAAUGUAGUCACUUUUUUUAUAACUUUACUAAAAUUUGGUAAGGUUGAAAAUGGCUUCAAAGUGAAUAGGCCUAUAGAGACACAUAGAUCGUUAUUAGAGAGAGAGAGAGGGGGGGAUUAUAUACGUAGAUAAUAAGCGAAUGCAACAAGCUGAUGUGUGGUGCUAUCCUAGAAUUUGAGAUAAAUAUCUACGUAUCAUUUUAUAUUCUGAGCUUUAUGGAUAUUAAUGAAUUAAACAAAAUUAAAUAUGCAUAGUUUGGCCUUAA